AUGUCUUCCAAACGCCACUCCAUCCUCCCCGCCGUCUCAGCAGGCCCUAAACCACCAGUCCACUUCUCCUCCUCCAUCACCAUCGCCGAAUCGGCCCUCCUCACCGGUACAAACCUCAUCACCAUCUCUUCCGAGUCCGUCAUCCACCCCCGCGCCAAACUCGACUCCCUCGCCGGGCGCAUCACCAUUGGCCGUCGCUGUGUGGUUCACGAGCGCACCAUGAUCGGUGCCAUUGGAACAUCGGGCAAAGUAACCGAACAAGCCGUGACCCUCGGAGACUACGCGACCGUCGAAGUGGCCGCCUCCAUCGAAGCUGGUAAUACCAUCAUCGGGGAGGGAACCACAGUUGGAGUUGGCUCAAAAGUUGGGGCGGGCGCGGUAAUAGGAAAGCAUUGCACCCUAACCCCCCACACCGAAGUCCCAGCCGGCGAGGUCAUCCCCGAUUUCACAGUCAUCUAUUCCAACGGAAUGAGGAGGAUAGACAAGCGAGGGGUGGCAGACCUGAAGAACAAGGGGCAGGCGAGGCAGAUUGAUGUGCUGAGGAGGAUGAUACCCACUAAUCCGGCCAAGUUUGCCUGA